AUGGCUGCUGCCUCCGUGCUGGAAUGCAAACUUUCUGUAUCUACUGAGGCUGUUGGGAACCUCGCUUCUCCCUCUGCUGCUUUGGCGGCCGCCGCCGCCGCCGCCGCCGCUGCUGCUGCUGCUGCUGCUGCUGCUGCUGCUGCUGCUGCGCAGGGGUACCUUCCUGCGCUUACGCAGAGUGGAUACUGCCCUGCUGGCGAGAGCUGCACUUUCAUCCACUCAUCUGAAGACUCUCUCACUCCCGCGACACAGCAGUGCAAGAGCUUCUUGAUGGGAGCUUGCAAGAACGGCAUCAACUGCCCGUUCGCGCACUCCAAUCCGCAUGCAACUGCAGCGGGGAAUCAGCUGCAGCAGCAGCAGCUGCAGCAGGCUGCUUACGGCCUCGUGAAUCCCUACGGCGACAUCGACGGCUACGGGGGCCCCCAGGGGGCCCCCAGCUACGCCCUCGCGGCUGCUGCUCCUGCUGCUUACGCUCACGUGCAGUUUGCAGCAGAUGCAGCAGCAGCAGCAAGCCCAGAGGUUGCUCUGUAUCAACAUCACCAACGGUACAUAGCGGCUUCCCCUGCCGGAGCAGCAGCUGCAACAGCAGCUUCCGCCCACUACGGAGCCUAUGCUGCGCCUUCCCCGUAUGCUGCUGCUGCUGCUUCUGCAGCGGCAGCAGCAGCUCCAGCAACUGGCCCUUAUGCGGCGGCAGCAGCUGCUGCUGCCUAUGCCUCUCCGCUUGCGCAUCCGAAGGCGAAGACGAAGAUGUGCACCUUCUGGCCUGAUCGAUGUCGGAAAGGCGAUCAGUGCCCUUAUAUUCAUGGCAAUGAUGAUCCUCUCCACGUGGGCGGUCCUGCAGCCCGUUUGCAGGCUGCAGCGAUGGCUUCCAUGGCUGCUGUUCAUGGGCAAGCCGCAGCAGCUUAUUACCCUGCGCUUCCAUUAAGCUCCAAGCGACCGAGGCCUCCCCCAAGUGUCAUAGGGACAAAAUUCUGCAAAUUCUUCCUCGUGGGAGCCUGCACUAGAGGCAGCGAGUGCACAUUCUCGCAUGAUCAGAGGGUGAGGGAGAGGGAGGAGCAGCAAAAGAAGCAGCAAGAGCAGCAGCAGCAGCAGAACGAGCCGCAGCAAGAGCAGCAAGAGCAGCAGGAGCAGCAGGAGCAGCCCUUGCCUCAAGAGCACCAGGAGCAGCAAGAGCAGCAGGAGUCUCAAGAGCAGCAGGAGCAGCAAGAGCAGCAGGAGUCUCAAGAGCAGCAAGAGCAGCAGGAGCAGCAAGAGCAGCUCUUGUCUCAAGAGCAG